AUGGCGCCGGUGAAGGUAUUCGGGCCACUGUUGUCCCCGAACGUGACGCGUGUAAUCCUGUGCUUGGAGGAGGUCGGCGUGGAGUACGAGAUUGUCAACGUGGACUUCAACACCGGCGAGCACAAGAGCCCCCAACACCUCCAACAAUCCCGGGCGAUUUCGAGGCAUGUGCUUCGCAAGUACAAGACUUCGGAGGUGAACCUGCUGAGGGAGGGCAACACAUCAGAGGCAGCGCUCGUCGACGUCUGGCUAGACGUUGAAGCACACCAGUACGACCCUGCCAUCGCCCCCAUCAUCUACCAGCUGAUUGUCGUGCCGAUGAGCGGAGGAACUCCCGACCAGAAGCUCAUCGACGAGUCCCUGGAGAAGAUGAAGAAGGUGCUGGACGUGUACGAGGCGCAGCUGUCAAAGCACAAGUACCUGGCAGGGGACUUCGUCAGCCUGGCGGACCUCAGCCAUCUCCCGUACACGGUCCACUUUAUGGCCACGCCAUUUGCAUCGGUGUUGGAUUCCUACCCGAGCGUCAAGGCAUGGGUUCACGACUUGUUGUCCAGGCCAGCAGUCCAGAGGGUCAUCUCCCAGUUCCCCAAAUACUAA